GAGCCACCUCAGUGUCCCGCGCGGCGUGUUAAAGGUAACGUCUUACCCCACUGCUCCUUAACCCGGCUGCUACUAGCAUAUCUGCUCUUCUGAGAAGACGUUAUUGAGCGUUGUUCAUGGAAAAAUGACGGACUUUGUCACCCUUAUACAAGAUUUAAUUUUCCUUCAGACUAAGGUUACGAACACCUAGCACGAGGACUUGUGACUUAAAAGUUUGUCUUUUAAGUUCAUUUUUGAAUUCUACUUAUUUGCAGCUGGUGCCAUUAUUCGCCAAUUUGCUUGCCUCACGAACCUUGUGUUUCUCGUCUGCUUCAGUCUGCUUCUGAAGGCUCGGCAGAGGUCAGCGUCGCCAGCAGUGUCCGCUGAAUUACGUCUAGACAGAAGUAAGGAAGUAAGCAAGAUUAAAGACCUGACCACGAAGACACUACGAGGGUAACACGAAGAACCUGAGGGUGACAAGCUGAGAACCUGAGGGUAACAGAAGCUGAGAACCUGAGAAGCUAAGAACCUGAGGGUGACAGAAGCUGAGAACCUGAGAAGCUAAGAACCUGAGGGUAACAGAAGUUAAGAACUUGAGGAUAACAGAAGCUGAGAACCUGAGAAGCUAAGAACCUAAGGGUAACUAGAUAAGAACCUGAGGGUAACAGAAGCUAAGAACCUGAGAAGUUAAGACCCUGAGGGUAAGAGAAGCUAGAGGCUCCUGAGGGGUGACUGAGAUGGAGGUCGCGGAGAGCACCGUCGGUGGGCGAGUAGUCCUGCGGAGGAGGGUGACACUGCUGAAUGGGGUGUCACUGAUCGUGGGCUCCAUUAUAGGGUCGGGGGUGUUCGUAUCCCCCGGGGGCGUGCUCCAGUAUGCCGGGUCACCUGCCGCCGCCCUCGCCAUCUGGGCCUUCUGCGGCGUCUUCUGCACUCUCGGCGCUCUCUGCUUCAGUGAGCUGGGGACGAUGCUGCCAGCCGCCGGGGGAGAGUACGCCUAUAUCCUGAGUGCCUUUGGUGGCCUCCCGGCCUUCCUCACGCUCUGGGUCAACGUCUUGGUCAUCAGACCUGCCGCUCAGGCCGUCGUCUCACUCACCUUCGCUGAGUACGCUCUCGCUCUCACCUUCCCGGACUGUGAUCCGCCUAGAGGUGCCAUCACUAUCCUCGCUGCCACCGCCCUCUGUACACUCACCUUCAUAAACUGUGUGAGCGUCCGCCUCUCCAUGAGGAUCCAGACCGUCUUCACCGGCGCCAAGCUCCUGGCACUCUUCAUCAUCAUUGUGGCUGGCCUCCUCCACCUGUGUUGGGGAAAGACAGAGCUGCUGGAGCGAGCGGGAGAAGGCCAGCACAACCUGGGAGGCGUGGCACUGGCACUCUACUCCGGACUGUUCGCCUACGGCGGCUGGAACUACCUCAACUUUGUCACCGAGGAGCUCAAGGACCCCCACAGGAACCUUCCUCGAGCGAUCUGGGUGGCAUUGCCAUUGGUGACGACAGUGUAUGUGCUGGUGAACGUGGCCUACCUGGCAGUGCUUCCUCCCUCACACAUCCUCUCAUCCAAUGCUGUUGCUGUUGCCUUUGGAAGUGAAGUACUUGGACCACUGAAAUACACAAUGCCAGUCUUUGUAGCACUGUCCACUUUUGGGAGCUUGAAUGGCAUCCUCUUUACCUCUGGACGACUGUUCCUGGCAGGUGCGCGGGAGGGCCACCUGCCUCCAGUGCUCUCCUACAUCCAUGUUCACUCCUGCACACCUGUUCCAGCCCUCCUUGUCACGUGUGUGUUGUCUCUGGCAAUGCUGGGUGCCGACAUCAUCUCUCUCAUCAACUGCUUGUCAUUUGUGCUGUGGCUGAGUAUUGGAGCAGCCGUGGCAGCUCUACUUUGGCUGCGACGUACCAGACCUAAUCUGCAUCGUCCUAUACGUGUCCACACCGUUUUGCCUCUCGUCUUCUUAGCUGGUUGCAUCUACCUUGUCGUCGUGCCUAUGAUUACUGAACCUAUUAGCACAGGCAUUGGCAUUCUAAUAACCCUGUCUGGCAUCCCUGUCUAUGUGGCAGCAGUGUGGAAAUCCAAGCCUGACUGGUUCAACACCUUCCAUGAUGAGGUGACAUUCCAGCUGCAAAGAUUGUUGCUAGUGGUGGCAGCUGAGCAACAGACAAAUGAGCCUCUGUUAAGUCCCUCUGACCAGCACCAUUGACACAAUUAUUCUAGUAAUGACGAGAGGAUGGGUAGGGGUAGUAGGAGGAGGAGGAGGAGUAGUAUGGAGGAAAAGGAAGAUAUGGAGAGAAAGAGGAAGGAAGUAGGUGGUACUGAAGUUACCAAGUGCCUGCUAUAUGCCACUAAGUCUGCGGGCACUCCAGGAACAUCAAAAAGAAGACAUUCAGGUGAUAGAGAAACAAAAACUUGGAGAGUUGCUGAAACAUUAUAGCAAGAGCAAAGGUUAAGACGGAAGUACUUAAGAGAUGUGAUUAUAAAUUAAAAGGAGAUAAUAAGCAAGACAAAAAAUAAUUGAUACAAUAUAAAGGAUUGACCAGCCAAGUAUAUAUUUGAAGCAAUGUACAUUAUAAUGUAAAUUUGAUAUACUAUAUUUCUCAUUGAAGUAUUGCAAUGUUCCAUGUGUUGAGCAGGCUGGUGGCAACUUAAAAACCAGAAACCUAAAGAAAACAAAAAAAAAUUUAUGAUUAAAACAACAAACAAUGGCUGUGUACAAGAAAUAACAUAUCAUAAGCCUUACGUAUGAUCUCGUGAAUUAGAAUUUAACAAUAAUUUCAUUAUUCAUGGGCAAUAAUGAAUUCAAUAUUUAUUAGGUGAUAUAAUAUAGACAAAUAUUUAACCCAAACCACACACAUGAAAGAAUUGUAAGUGACAACAUUUUGGUUCAUUCUGAACCUUUAUUGAGUCUCUAUUUGAUAAGGGACCUAAACACACUGAAGCAUCACUCAUUUUGUUUUUUUAAUUGUGUGGGUUGGAUUAAUUGUCAGCCACGUUAUUGUGACUUAUUAGGAAUUAUUAUUCUCUUAGAACAAAUAUUUAUUAAAAUACCAGCUAAAUUUCCAGUUUAAAAUUGGUUCUCUGCAAUUCAAGAGAAAACUCAGGAAUGAGUUGGAUUAGGAAUAAUUCUAGCCUAAAUUUUUUUUAAUUUUCUUUCUCCCUGAUAAGCCCUAAGGAAAAAGUUCUUAUAAAAAAUCAGAUAGAAGUAAGGGUGAACAGCAAUAUUAAAUUCUUGAGCAUUUUCAAUUUAGGGGAUAGAGACUACAAUGGAGUAUCUUUGAACAAACUUUCUAUUAAAAGAAAACUAUGACUUGCAGAUUUUAAAAUAUUAGUUUUUAUAAUAAUACUGUAUAAUCAGUGUUUAUUUAUGUAAGAAAAUACUGUUUGUUAUAAAAUUAAAAUUUUAUAAUGUUUUUUAUCAAUAACUAAUAUAAACUUUGUCCUUUUUUUAAUAUAAUGAACAGCCAAGACAGGAAUAUAUAUACAUAGUCACUUGAGUCCUGGACUAUGUUCACGACUCAAAUAUUUUUAGUGGUUGGUGGGUAAGUUAUUGUGGUGGCCUUAAUAACGUUCCCGAGGUUGAGAGCCCAACACGAAACAAACAGCUAAGACAAGUUUGUUUAAUAUACAAUAUGGCUCCUCUUAUAUAGUGACCAAGAUAUCAGCUAUCCCACUCCAUGUAGUGAUCUUGACUUACUAGGGAUAUAAAUAUUUUAUAGUAACUAAAUUUUGAACACUUAGGUAAUUACAUAUUGAUAUAAUGUAACUUGACAGGAAUUGUGUUAAUCUCUAAGCUGUGCAGCUAUUUACAAGUAUGACAUCAAGGUGCGCAUCACUAAUAAUAAUUAACAAAAAUUGCGUAGAUCGAUGGGAGCACAGGAGGAAAUAACAGAAAGUAAUUGGGGCACAGUAGAAAAUCACAUAGCAAUUGGAACACAGGCGGAAAUCACAGAUAGUAAUUGGAGCACAAAAAAGAAAUCACAGAUGAUUGGAACACAGGAGGAAAUCAAAGAUAGUGAUUGGAGAACUCGAGGAAAUUGCAAAUAGUGAUUAGAGCAAAGGAGGAAGUCAAAGACAACAAUUGGAGGAGCACAGGAUGAAAUCAUAUAUAGUGAUCCAAGCACAGGAUGAAAUCUCGAUGGUGAUUGGUGUACAGGAAGAAAUUGCAGAUAAUGACUGGAGCAAUGAAAAGAUUAAAUAACACCUACAAAUAGUAUACAGUAAUGGUAAAUAAAAUAACAUACAAUGUUGUAUUGAAAAUAAAUAUUUAAGAUUAUUACCACAGGCUGAUGGACUCGACAUACUGGAUAUAUAGAUGUUUACUAAAUUUACUGCAUUGUAACCUAAAUAUGUAGAUGUUGUAAACCUGUUUUGCAUUUAUUAAUAUACUGUAACUGAAAACUUGUACCAAUAGCAUUCACUAGAUGUGAGCUCAUAAUGUAUUUAGACAGCUGAGUGUGAAUACUGUAUAUGUUUAUAGGAUAUGUAUACAUUGCCAAAGAAUCUCUGAAAAUCAAACCUCAAGGAGACUUACUUCAAACUUGGAAUAAGCAGAGCAUGCUAAGGCCCUGCACUGAUAGCAUAAUGUUAACUUAUAACCUAAUAUUAUUGCAUACCCUAUCUGCUAAAAUUGCCAAAUUUUAGGCUGCCUUAUUUAUUUUCUUUCUCACAUGAGAAUGGUAGUUCCAGAUACUGUAUUUAUCUUAAUCUUCAAUACAGUUGUCAAGCACUGAUGCUGCAGUCUUAUCUUCCAGGGCAACACUGGUCUCCUGUGUCCUCCUUGCUUCUUAAGUCAAUCACUUUGGCCUUCUCUGCAAUGUAUAGCUCCUCCUGCUUACCAUAGCUUUCCCAACCACUUGGACUGGCCAGAACAGCAAUGGCCUCGCUUUAGCAGGGUCAACGUUUGAUCGUUGAUGGUUUAAGUGGUUGGUCACCAUUCUUUAAUGCAUCCUUAUAUUCCAGCUGCUCCUCUUCACACACCUAGUCCAUGUGCUAUAUAGUCAUACUGGUUUAGUACUUUUGCCCGAUAACAACCUUAACCUCUUAUUAGCUUAGCCUUUCUUGUCAACUCUUUCAUUGAAUUUUCAAUGUGAAAACCUAAAAAUCACCAUUCUACAUGCGUUUGAAUUACUGGACCAUCCAUGGUUCAUUGGUCCAUGCUUGCCUGCAACCACAUUUCUCUUAUGGGAUCUUAGCAAAACAUUUGAUGUAUCCAAGCUAAGGGGACCAGAGAUUCAUAUUAUCAAUUUUUUUUAUGGCAUUAUGUUGACGUAAAUAGUUGAUUAUAUUAGUGGAUUUUCCCAGACACCAAUCGUUUGAUUAUUUGAAAUUCUGCAGUACUGUACUUAAAUUUGCCCAUACCUCUGUUCCUGGUCUUGUGUUAUAGGCAGUAAGUUUUUUGGUCUACCACUGAAGUUUUUGGCUAGUCAGCAGGUUACCAGGGUUAAUGCAGCCAUGUGCUUCUUAAUGUUCAUGUACUGAUUUUAUACGCAUAUAGUCACCAACUGGUUCAUAAUAAUAAUAAUUUCAUUGAUAUAAAUUACAUUUGAAACAAUAUACAUUAAUGGAGUAUCCUUAACUUGAGCCUAAUCAAGAUAGAGAGUGAAAAUUAUUAUUUGUUAUUGCCUCUGGUUAAUAAAUAAUGAAAAAAUCAACACAAUCUUAUAUUCCGGUAUAUGCUUAUGAGAGCAAAUGAAUACAGUAAAUGGAAUUUCAAUACAAUGUCAUAUUUACACAAGAUUUUGGUAAUUUUUAAAUUGUGAUAUUAUGUGCCUAUUAUGUUAGAUACUUAUAGUAACCAUAAUCUAACAAUAUACAUUAAUCAAAAAAUUAUAUAUUUUGUAUUAUAACUUUAUUUAAAAAAUCCGAGUUGCAUUUUUUGCAGCUAGAAUAUAAGGUCAACUUGUCUUUCACAUUUUUUGUACUUAUAAUCUGUAACAAUAUAGUAUUUUAUAAAAUAUAUUGUACACACAGUAGGAAUUUUUUUCAUCAGCAUGAGGUGCCAAUGGACAAAACUGUUUGGUCAUUUUUGUAAUGUUUCAGUGAUUCUGCACACUAAAAUAAACAAAAUAUAAAUAUAUACAUAUACACUUGUAUAUAUAGUGGUUCCUCCAUUUACAAAUUUAAUCCGUUCCCAGAGAUGGGUCGUAACUCAAAAUAAAUUUUCCCAUAAGAAAUAAUGUAAAUUGAAUUAAUCUGUUCUACAC